AACACCCACUAAAUUUCUUUUGGUGACAAAAAGGCGAACUUUCAUUUUAGAGUAAUAAAUACUCUCUGUCCCAAUUUGACUCGCAUGUUACUUCGGGGUAGUAUUUAUGACAUUUUACUGUAGUUUUUAACUCAAUUUAUUUGAAAACUGGGUUUUUUUAAUCAAUAAUUAUAUACUGUUUCCCUUGUUCAACACUCGUGCCAACAUGUUUCAAGGAUCUUCUUUUCUUCGUCGACUAAUUAACCAUUCAUCCCCGCUAGCUCAGCUUGGAGGUAGACGAACCCUUGUCUCUCAUGCCACAUCUUCUUUACGCCUAGCCGUUGAUCCUUACAGUGGAGAUGAAGAGUGUGCGGAUAUUGAUUGGGACAACAUCGGGUUCGGUCCGAGGCCAACGGAUUACAUGUACGUCACGAAGACGGGCAAAGACGGGAGAUUUGGGGAAGGAGAAGAAAUGAAACUGAGUCGUUUCGGAGGCAUAGAACUGACGCCGUUGGCUGGGGUGUUGAAUUACGGGCAGGGAUUGUUCGAAGGGGUGAAGGCGUACAGGAGAGAGUACGGGGGCGUGUUCGUUUUCAGACCGGCGGAGAACGGGCGGAGGAUGCAGAUGGGGGCGGACAGGAUGUGCAUGCCCGCCCCCUCCCUCUCUCACUUUGUCCGAGCGGUCAAACAAACUGCUCUCGCUAACAAACGUUGGAUUCCUCCGGCGGGAAAAGGGUCUCUAUACGUUAGGCCGCUGCUGCUGGGAAGUGGUCCGGUGUUAGGGGUUGCUCCGGCGCAGGAAUACACCUUCAUUGUCUUUGCGUGUCCCGUAGCUAACUAUUUCAAGGAGGGGUCUUCAUCAUUGAAUUUAUACAUUGAAGAUGAGUUUCACCGCGCUACUCGUGGCGGCGCUGGAGGUGUCAAGAGUGUCACCAAUUAUGCUCCGGUUUUGAAGCCCAUAAUGAGAGCAAAAGAGAAAGGAUUCUCAGAGGUGCUAUACCUGGACUCAGUCCACAAACGCUAUAUCGAGGAGGCCUCCUCCAGUAACAUAUUCAUCGUCAAGGGGAAAGUAGUUUCAACUCCCCCUGCAAAUGGAACCAUCCUUGAAGGUGUCACUAGGAAAAGCAUUAUGGACCUUGCACGUGAUCAAGGAUUUCAAGUGGAAGAGAGGCCGAUACACGUGGAUGAACUAAAAGAGGCAGAAGAAGUAUUUUGUACAGGGACUGCAGUUGGUGUUUGUAGGGUGGGAAGCAUCACCUACAAAGGCAACAGGAUUGAGUACAAGAUCGGGUCUGAAAAUGUUGUGCAUAAAUUGUCGUCGGGUCUGGCGGGGAUUCAGAGUGGCACCAUUGAGGACAAGAGAGGAUGGGUUGAAGAGAUUGGACAAUAAUUCAUUUCAUCCUCCAUAUAUUGAAUUUAUUAUUUGUUAUUAUUUACUCCUAAUGAAUGCUCAUACUAUAAUAUAUAUACUCCGUAUAAAGGACAUUUGUUAUG